AUGUCUGCAAGUCGUGAAGAUUCCGUUUAUUUAGCUAAAUUAGCUGAACAAGCAGAACGUUAUGAAGAAAUGGUUGAAAACAUGAAAGAUGUUGCAUCUUCUGGUCAAGAAUUAUCUGUUGAAGAACGUAAUUUACUUUCUGUUGCCUACAAGAAUGUCAUUGGUGCUCGUCGUGCCUCUUGGAGAAUUGUUUCAUCAAUUGAACAAAAGGAGGAAUCCAAGGAAAAAUCAGAACAUCAAGUCGAAUUGAUUCGUUCUUAUCGUUCUAAGAUUGAAACUGAAUUGACUAAGAUCUCUGCCGAUAUCCUUUCAGUGUUAGAUUCUCAUUUGAUCCCAUCUGCCAGUACUGGUGAAUCCAAAGUGUUUUACUAUAAGAUGAAAGGUGAUUACCACCGUUAUUUAGCUGAAUUCUCUAGCGGAGAUGUCAGAGAAAAUGCUACUACUUCUUCUUUGGAAGCUUAUAAGAAGGCCUCUGAAAUUGCUACUACUGAUCUACCCCCAACACAUCCAAUUCGUCUAGGUUUAGCUUUGAAUUUCUCUGUCUUUUACUAUGAAAUUCAAAACUCUCCAGAUAAAGCUUGUCAUUUGGCCAAGCAAGCCUUUGACGAUGCUAUUGCUGAAUUAGAUACUCUAUCAGAAGAAUCCUACAAGGACAGUACUUUAAUUAUGCAAUUGUUAAGAGACAAUCUAACCUUAUGGACUUCUGACAUGUCAGAAGCUGGUCAGGAAGAAGAACAACAACAACAGCAACAGGCUCAACAACAACAACAAGAUGCCCAAGCUAAUGAAGACCAACCUCCAAAAUAA